ACCGCAGCGCACAGAGAGACACGCCUUUUUCUCGGCUCGGUUGACGGGUCGGUGGGCAGCGGGUGCCGGUGAUUGACCAGCUCCUCUCGCUGAUCUGUCAGCCGUCUGGCUUGGCGCCUCCCCUCUCCUCUAUAAAUCUAGGAAAUCUAUUCAAUCAUUUUACAUCGAGCCUGCUGAAGUAGGAGGAACUGGAGGCUCCGCGGGAUGUGUUGACUGACGACAAUUCCGCCUUUUGGUUUCUUAUUCCCCUCGAUAAUAUUCGGUUGCAUUAGAGUUGCUUUCGUCUUGUUUACAGCACCAUAGUGUAAUCUGAAAUACCUUUUGCUAACGUCUUUAUUAGAUUUUGUUCGCUGUCUCUGAGCCGCCGUUAUCUAAGAUGAAGGCUGUUACUCCAGUCCCCCCCCAGGACUCCUCCUCCAGCAGCAGCCAGCUCUCUCUGCAAUGUCUGUCGAAGCAGAGCCUGAGCAUCGCGCGGUGCAGGAUAGAGGAGGAGGACCUGUUCUGCCUGCAGUACGACAUGAACGACUGCUACAGCCGGCUGAAGCGCCUCGUGCCCACCAUUCCACAGGAUAAGAAAGUCAGCAAAGUGGAGAUCCUGCAGCAUGUUAUAGACUACAUCCUGGACCUGCAGCUGGCCCUGGAGACGCACCCUACUCUCCAUAAACAGCAGCCCCAGCGGACCGGGAGCUGCCCCCCCCCAGCCUCCACCCCCAGCCGGACACCGCUGACGGUGCUCAACGUAGAUCACCAGCAGAGGACGGCAAUAGUAAAACAGCCGGAGGAUUCUAUUUUAUGCCGCUGAGAUAUAAGCACUGCAAUGGUGUGUAGGCUGCACAGAGCCGCUCCAAAGCCAGCAAAGCUUCGCCAGGGACUCACACCCGACUGGAGGCACAAUCACCAGGGGUUUUCAAAACUGCUGCGAGGAAUUCAACCCAAAUCAAAUCACUAUAUCAGCUCUUUUUUGUUCCUAUGAACGAGGAGUUAGUAUGUAAACAUCGAAUUUCCCUUGUUUAAGUUCUUACUUCAUCACUUAAAAUGUUCUAACUAGAGUAAAUAUAGAAUCCCUUUGCUGCGAAGUUUUGUUGGAAACCCGUCUCUCAACAGCUAUGAAAACUGUCUGUGAAUUAUGCUUAACUAAAAUGGCCUCCAGUUUAAAGCUUUACUAAACUGCAAAAAUCCUUGUAAAUGUUUUUGACAUCUAUUGUUUAAAAUAGAUGAAUUGUGUUGAACAGGGAUGUCCUCCCUGGAAUUAUAAAAUGUUUGAUAUUGUAAAGAAGAACAAUUCUGUUUCGAGACAAUUAAGAAUGUACAUAUAGAGAAACAAAUGUUCUAUAAAAGUAUGUGAAAGGAAGACUUAUAAGCUUAAAAUACACUAUUGUAAUUAUAAGAUAUUUUUAUUAAAACCUUUUGUUGUCGUUAUGUAAAUAUUGUGUUUAAACUUUCAUGUCUUUAGUAAAUGAACGUGGUUAUGCUCUGCCAAUGAUGUCCUCAAAUGAUGAUAUCAGUUAAUUAUUUGCAGUGUUUUUGGAAUAGUUGAAUAUGUAGCAUGUCAGGCUCUAGCAGAGGUAUUGAAUGUGCACUGAUCAGCCCUCCCUGUGUAGAUAUUUGCUGGAGUUCAACUUCUUUUAUUAUUUGCCCUGCUCUGUUUUCUCUUCAGUUGUUUUGUAUUCAUUCACUUGGACAACUUUGACCCGCCUGGAGCCAUGGGUCCUUCUGCUGUUUGAUCUGAUACAAAGGCCUGAUUCCAUUCUGUGACAUUGCACUCUUGUUAAAAAUGUUAUCUUAAGAGUUACAGCAUUUUUGACAGUGUUUACAAUGCCUAAACAAUCACUGCACAUUUCUGUUAUUUAUGUGCAGUCAAAGCACCUCUUUGAGAAGUUAAUGAUUGAUACCAUGAAAUCAUUCAACUCUGGUUAUGAAUUGAUGAAAUAUGUGAACAUUAACAGACUCCUUUUCGACAACAACCAAGUGCUUUCAGACUGGGGAUGUCUUAAAUUGAAGUGUUGGAGAGUCAGCAGCCAUAGUUAAUGUAAAGAUAAAAAAGAGCCUUUAUUUUUCAUGACAUUGAAUGCCAAAAUGACCUCACCACCUUCUGUACAUACAGUCUGCUGCACGGUGGACUGACCUUCACUGGCUCUGAGGAGUUGUCAAAACAAUUAAAGUUUCCAGGAAGAA